AAACAGGAAAGGGUUGAAGUUCAAAGUUCGAAGCAAAGAUGUUUGCAAAACCAAUGAGAUGUGUAAAGCAGCACUGUUCAAUACUCAGCACCGAUGAAACAUAACUUCUACAGUGUUGAGUAUUAGAGACAUACAGACUAAUUUUAAUUCACCGUAAAAAAAGUGUAGUUUUUGUCCGUUUCUUCCCCGUGUGCAGGCAGCUCGGGAGUGGACAGUUUGCGGCGUUGAUCUCGCGCUGACAUCUCUGCGCAGCUGCAAAGUUGAAUAACGCAGCUAGCAAACAUUAGCCCUGAACGGAUUUGAGGGGGUAAACAAACGUGUCAAAAACACGGUUUUAGCGCAAUAGAAAGCUAUGGGAUUACAAUUGCUCAGUUAACGUAACGUUACAGCGUUUGACGACAACAGGGGCCAUGUCGGCGUUGCUGCGGCAGCAUCGCACGGGACUCUGUAGAAAAUACAGCGGUGGUUUGUUGUGGACGCGGUCGAGGCAGAGCUCUCGUGUAACACCAAACAACUCAAAACCCAACGACGGUGUUAAAAAUGCGCCGCUCACAGGGGGAUAUUUCAGAAAGAUGCUCCUUUCGGAAUCCGAGCGGGCACUUCACAGUCAGCCGCAGAGAGUCAUCCAGAGUCUCCUCCACAGACCGUUGGGUCCUGGCAUGCUGGGAAUUAGCAAAGACUUAAUCAGGAACAACCUGCUGCGGAACCCCGUUGGUUUAAUAAAUCUAUUGGGAUCAACAAACUUCUUCAGUACAUCUCGAUCCAAACAAGAGGAAAAUAAAAGUGAUGGAGCAAAGGGAAAACCUCCAGAGGAAGACGAAGAGGAGAAGAAACGACGCGAGCAGCAGGACCAGAUGUAUCGGGAGCGCCUGCGGACCCUGUUCAUCAUAGCGCUCGUCAUGAGCCUGCUGAACUCCAUCAACACCAGCGGAGGAAACAUCUCGUGGAAUGACUUUGUCAAUGAGAUGCUGGCCAAGGGAGAGGUGUCGCGUGUGCAGGUUGUUCCUGAGAGUGACAUUGUCGAAAUCUACCUUCAUCCUGGAGCAGUGAUAUUCGGAAGGCCUAGGCUGGCGCUCACGUACAGAAUGCAGGUCGCCAACAUUGACAAAUUUGAGGAGAAGCUGAGAGCCGCCGAAGAGGAGCUGAAUAUCGACGCUAAAGACAGGAUACCGGUGUCCUACAAGCGCACUGGAUUUUUUGGGAAUGCAGUCUAUGCCCUGGGGAUGGCUGCUAUUGGCGUGGCUAUACUCUGGUACAUCUUCCGACUGGCAGGCAUGGGUGGGAGAGAAGGCGGCUUUAGUGCUUUUAACCAGCUGAAGAUGGCCAAGUUCACCAUUGUGGACGGCAAGUCUGGUAAAGGUGUGAGUUUCAAAGAUGUGGCAGGCAUGCAUGAGGCCAAGAUGGAAAUAAAGGAAUUUGUGGACUACCUCAAGAAUCCAGAACGGUACCUGCAGCUGGGAGCCAAGGUUCCCAAGGGCUCACUGCUGCUAGGACCUCCAGGCUGUGGGAAGACGCUGCUGGCGAAGGCUGUGGCCACUGAGGCCCAAGUGCCCUUUCUGGCUAUGGCCGGCUCUGAGUUUGUGGAGGUCAUUGGAGGCCUGGGUGCUGCCAGGGUAAGGAGUCUGUUCAAGGAGGCUCGAAGCAGAGCCCCCUGCAUCGUGUACAUCGAUGAGAUCGACGCCGUGGGAAAGAAGCGCUCCACCAACACGUCGGGUUUCUCCAACACGGAAGAGGAGCAGACACUCAACCAGCUGCUGGUGGAGAUGGACGGAAUGGGAACAACGGACCACGUCAUCGUCCUCGCCUCCACUAACCGAGCCGACAUCUUAGACAAUGCUCUCAUGAGACCUGGCCGACUGGACAGGCACAUCUUCAUCGAUCUGCCCACGCUGCAGGAGAGAAAAGAGAUCUACGAGCAGCAUCUGAAGAUCUUGAAACUCACCCAACCAGCAAAUUUCUACUCUCUGCGUCUGGCUGAGCUCACCCCGGGCUUCAGUGGUGCAGACAUAGCUAACAUCUGUAACGAAGCCGCCCUGCACGCUGCCAGAGAAGGGCACAAGUCCAUCGAUACCUUCAACUUUGAGUAUGCAGUUGAGAGAAUAAUAGCAGGGAGUGUAAAGAAGAGUAAGAUCCUGUCCAAAGAGGAGCAGAGGGUAGUGGCCUUUCAUGAGUCCGGGCAUGCCUUAGUGGGAUGGCUCCUCGAGCACACUGAUGCAGUCUUGAAGGUGUCCAUCGCCCCACGGACUAACGCUGCCCUGGGAUUUGCCCAGAUUUUACCUCGUAACCAGUUUCUGUUCAACAAGGAGCAGCUGUUUGAGCGGAUGUGUAUGGCCCUGGGAGGGAGAGCUGCUGAGGCGAUCACCUUUAACAAGGUCACAACAGGAGCGCAGGAUGACUUGCGUAAGGUGACACGCGUGGCCUACUCUAUGGUGAAGCAGUACGGCAUGUGUGACAGCGUCGGCCAAGUCUCCUUCCCGGACACGGAGCAGCAAAGUGGCGCCGGGCGCCGCCCUUUCAGCCAGGGUCUGCAGCAGCAGAUGGACCACGAGGCGAAGAUGUUGAUAGCGCGGGCUUACCGGCACACAGAGAAGCUGCUGCUGGACAACAGAGACAAACUGAUACUGAUGGCCAAUGCGCUGUUGGAACGAGAGGUGGUCAACUACGAUGACAUUGAAGCCCUGCUGGGGCCCCCCCCCCACGGGCCCAAGAAGUUGAUUCACCCACAGAGCUGGUUGGAGGCCGAGAGGGACAAACAAGACACAGGAGAAGAAGAACCUCGACCACCUCCCAGUAAACAGGGAGAAGAGGACGUGAAUCCACAGCUGGGCUGAUUGUUAAAGCAAUUCUCCUCUGACCUCUGCAUCUCGUGGAGGGUGUCAGUCGCUGGAUGCCGUUCAUUGAACCAGGCUUUUAUUGCUCACUUUGAAGCUUUUUUAUGGCUGAGAGUGGAAUCUGCAAUGUUUCCAUGAAGGUAUUUGCCAGUUCGCUAAAUAACCCAGUGCAACUUUUGAAAAUGAUUAUUGUGGGAGCAUCGCAUCAUUUCUCUUGUGCGUUUGCUGCACUGCUAAAUCCUCGGUUCAAACGGGAAGUCUCCAACUAUUUAACGAACGUUUCCAUGCUCAGUCUGCAAAUUACCCAAAGUGCACUAAUACCUUAAAAGGACAUGAGAUCGUUUUAAUGCAAACUGCAGCAUAUGUAGGUUUUAAUAGGUUUGCUUAUAUAGAAUUGAUCUGACAUCUAUGAAUGACUGUCAUUUAUAAGUUAUGUUGUUUGAUAUCGAAAAGUUGACUUAAGCUUUUUUCUUUUUCUUCUUUGUCAGAGAUGGCAAGCACCAAAUAUAUUAGCAAUAAUUGAGGGUAAAUAGAGACAAUGAGGUCUGCAUUAUUGUCAUGUUGAAUCGAAGCUGCAGAUAUUACCCCACACACGGUGGUCAUCCUUUGACCACCACACAUACAAAUUGAAGUUGAUAGGUCAAAGUACUGUUUUCUUAGUCUUUUGGGCUAGGUAUUGUUUGAUUGCCACGAGUGAUUAUUAAGUUCCAAUGGAUUGUAUUGCUUAAUAUUAAAAGCUGAAUAAAAAUUUGGAAUUCUA